AUGGGCCUUUUCGGAAGGAAGGCGGCCGCGGCUCCCUCCACAAGCGAGCCCGCCAGGGGCGCCAGCCUCGUCGCCAAGGCAACCACUAAGGAGCCCAUGACUGAGCAGGAGGUGGAGGACCUGGUGCUUGCGCUGAACAAGAUCGAGGCCGUCAAGUUUGGCGAGUUCAAGCUCAAGAGCGGCCUGCUGUCCCCUGUGUAUGUCGACCUGCGCGUCAUCGUGUCGUACCCCGACGUGCUCGAGAAGGUGUCGCGCAUGAUGUACUCGUGUGUGAAGGGCGUGGCCUUCGACAUCAUGUGCGGCGUGCCCUACACAGCGCUGCCCAUCGCCACAUGCAUGAGCCUCGGGUUUGACCUGCCGAUGGUGAUGCGGCGCAAGGAGGUGAAGGAUUAUGGCACCAAGAAGGCCAUCGAGGGGGCGUACAAGUCUGGCCAGCGCUGCCUGGUGGUGGAGGACCUGGUCACCAGCGGGGCCAGCGUGUUGGAGACACUCGAGCCACUGCAGGCGCGCCCCGGCUGCUUUUCCGCGCCCGCGGUUAAGGAGGGCCUGAUCGUUGAGGACGUGGUCGUGCUCAUCGACAGGGAACAGGGCGGAGAGGCCCACCUCGCGGCCAACGGCCUGCGCCUGCACGCCGCCUUCAAGCUCAGCGCCAUGCUGUCCGUGCUGCUGCGGCACGGGCUGGUCAGCGAGGAGACAGCGGCGCGCGUGAGGGCGUUCAUCGCGGAAAACCAGACCGCGCGGCCGGCGGCGGCCGCGGCGGCGCCGGCGGCUGUGGCGGCGCCAGCAGCGGCUCCAGCGAAGCCGAAGCG